UCUUUCCGGGACAAUAUGGCGCCGUCCACGCCGCUCUUGACAGUCCGGGGAUCAGAAGGACUGUACAUGGUGAAUGGACCACCACAUUUUACAGAAAGCACAGUGUUUCCAAGACAGAGUCAUGUUCUGCUGCCCAGGCUAGAAUGCAGUGGCAUAAUCAUGGCUCACUGCAGCCUCAACCUCCCAGGCUCAAAUGAUCUGCUGCCUCAGUAUCCCAAGUAGCUGGGACUACAGGGAAUCUGGGAAGAAUUGCAAAGUCUAUACCUUUAGUAAGGAUGGAACCUUGUUUGCCUGGGGCAAUGGAGAAAAAGUAAAUAUUAUCAAUGUCACUAACAAGGGACUACUCCACUCCUUCAACCUCCCAAAGGCAGUUUGCCUUGAAUUCUCACCAAAAAACACUGUCCUGGCAACGUGGCAGCCUUAUACCACUUCUAAAGAUGGCACAGCUGGGAUACCCAACCUACAACUUUAUGAUGUGAAAACUGGGACAUGUUUGAAAUCUUUCAUCCAGAAAAAAAUGCAAAAUUGGUGUCCAUCCUGGUCAGAAGAUGAAACUCUUUGUGCCCGCAAUGUUAACAAUGAAGUUCACUUCUUUGAAAACAACAAUUUUAACACAAUUGCAAAUAAAUUGCAUUUGCAAAAAAUUAAUGAUUUCGUAUUAUCACCUGGACCACAACCAUACAAGGUGGCCGUCUAUGUUCCAGGAAGUAAAGGUGCACCUUCAUUUGUUAGAUUAUAUCAGUACCCCAACUUCGCUGGACCUCAUGCAGCUUUAGCUAAUAAAAGUUUCUUUAAGGCUGAUAAGGUUACAAUGCUGUGGAAUAAAAAAGCUACUGCUGUGUUGGUGAUAGCUAGUACAGAGGUUGACAAGACAGGAGCUUCCUACUAUGGAGAACAAACUCUGCACUACAUCGCAACAAAUGGAGAAAGUGCUGUAGUACAAUUACCAAAAAAUGGCCCCAUUUAUGAUGUAGUUUGGAAUUCUAGUUCUACUGAGUUUUGUGCUGUUUAUGGUUUUAUGCCUGCCAAAGCGACAAUUUUCAACUUGAAAUGUGAUCCUGUAUUUGACUUUGGAACUGGUCCUCGUAAUGCAGCCUACUAUAGCCCUCAUGGACAUAUAUUAGUAUUAGCUGGAUUUGGAAAUCUGAGAGGACAAAUGGAAGUGUGGGAUGUGAAAAACUACAAACUUAUUUCUAAACCAGUGGCUUCUGAUUCUACAUAUUUUGCUUGGUGCCCGGAUGGUGAGCAUAUUUUAACAGCCACAUGUGCUCCCAGAUUACGGGUUAAUAAUGGAUACAAAAUUUGGCAUUAUACUGGCUCUAUCUUGCACAAGUAUGAUGUGCCAUCAAAUGCAGAAUUAUGGCAGGUUUCUUGGCAGCCAUUUUUGGAUGGAAUAUUUCCAGCAAAAACAAUAACUUACCAAGCAGUUCCAAGUGAAGUACCCAAUGAGGAGCCUAAAGUUGCAACAGCUUAUAGACCUCCAGCUUUAAGAAAUAAACCAAUCACCAAUUCUAAACUGCAUGAAGAGGAACCACCUCAGAAUAUGAAACCACAAUCAGGAAAUGAUAAGCCAUUAUCAAAAACAGCUCUUAAAAAUCAAAGGAAGCAUGAAGCUAAGAAAGCUGCAAAGCAGGAAGCAAGAAGUGACAAGAGUCCAGAUUUGACACCUACUCCUGCCCCACAGAGCACACCACGAAGCACUAUCUCUCAGUCAAUUUCUGGGGAUCCUGAGAUAGACAAAAAAAUCAAGAACCUAAAGAAGAAACUGAAAGCAAUUGAACAACUGAAAGAACAAGCAGCAACUGGAAAACAGCUAGAAAAAAAUCAGUUGGAGAAAAUUCAAAAAGAAACAGCCCUUCUCCAGGAGCUGGAAGAUUUGGAACUUGGUAUUUAAAGAUUCACAGAGAGCAAGUUGAUGACCAGAAAUCAGUGCAAACACAUCUUCUGUUAAACCCAUUGGUGUACACAGAAUAUUCCUGUGCCCACACUUAAUGUUAGUCUCUAAUUUUAACCAUUUAUCCAAGAUUUUCCAACGUGUAAAAUUAUUUAAGUCUAUUAAAUUGAUAUUUAUAUCUUAUAUCCUAUAUCAUGUCAAUAUGUGAUACAGAAAAGAGAUACAUGAAUUUUUUAGCUAAACUUGGCAGAUUGAAGGACAAAUGUCUUUGUUUUUUUGUAGAGGGUGAUAUAUACCAUAUAAAUGAAUAGAUACAUUUUAAAUUUAAUCACUUUGCUUUUAAGUUCCUUAGUUCAGAUGUCCUUUUUUAAUCUAUAAGACAUGUGUAACGCUACUUAAUUCUCACAAGACUAAGUAAUUCUUAUAAUUUCUAUUUUAUAAAUAAAGAAACUAAGGCCAUUAAAAUUGAGAAGUUUGCCAGUGUCUCAAAGCUAGGAAAUGGGAUUUGAACCUAGACUGUCUAAUCCCAGAGCCUAUGCUUUAGGUUACUAUGAUGCACUACUCUUAUAUCCUCAGGUAAUGUAUCGUAUAGUAACAUUAAGCACCCUGCUUAGUUUUCAUGGAUAUUGCCAAAUUGCCCUACCUCAAGCUUUAUACUUGCACCAUUUAAAGUUUUCCAAACUGUUGUCAAUAUCAGAAUUGAUAAGGCUUUCAAAUGUUCACCACAUUAAUAAAGAGGAAAUGAAAGUUUA